GUUGAUGAGAAAAUUUUAUCUCCAUUUGAUUAAUUGGGUUUAGAAAAUUAUUCUCAUUUUCUAUUAAAAGAAAUCUAAAUUUAUUUCUUUUUUUUCAACUAAUUAUAAUGUCCGAAUCUAAACAGAAACUUAGUGAUUUAGUUAACAAAGAAAAUGGAGAUGGACAAUUAGGUAGUUUUAAUGAGACAAGUAAUGAAAUGCUAAUGGAUGGUGAACAUAAUUCAACAAUGUCUCAACAAUCCAAUGAUAAUCCAGAUGACCCGGAUUUGGAAGAGAUCAAAGCACGAGUUAGAGAAAUGGAGGAAGAGGCUGAAAAGUUGAAACAAAUGCAAGAUGAGGCUGAGAAACAAAUGAAUUUGAGUUCAUCAAGUACUGCAGGUUUAUCUCCAGAAGAGAAAAGAGAAGUCGAUGCCCGAUCCAUUUAUGUUGGUAAUGUUGAUUAUUCAGCUACUGCAGAUGACUUGGAGCGCCAUUUCCAUGGCUGUGGGUCAAUAAAUCGUGUUACCAUUUUAUGUGACAAAUUUAGUGGACAUCCUAAAGGCUUUGCUUAUAUAGAGUUUGCCGAAAAAGAUUCUGUCCAAACAGCAAUGGCCCUUGACGAUUCACUUUUCAAGGGAAGACAGAUUAAGGUUAAUCAAAAAAGGACCAACACUCCAGGACUUAGCGUAACUGCGAGACCUGCUCGAGGAGGAAUGAGAGCUUCUCGUAGAGGAUUUGCUGGUAGAGCUGCCUCGUGGGGAUUCAGACCUGCAAGAAGGCCGCGCCGAGGAUGGUAUUAUAGUCCUUACUAGACUAGAAAAUUUGUUAUAAUUCAAUUCAAAUUAAAACCCAUCGCCGCGACUUUGUCUCUUUUCUCACGCUUAUGUGCAUUUGACGCACACUACACAUAUAAACAAAACACAAUCGCAUCCACAGUAUGAUUUACCAGCAGCUACGCAGCAAAAAAAAAACACGUACCAUAAGAUCAGUUGGACAAUUAAAACAUCAAACUUACCGGAAACAAAAUUUACUACUACUUUGCGAAAACCAAAGUACCAAUCUAUCGGAAUUUACGCUAUUUAUAUUCCUUAUAUACAUAUAUCUCUAUCUCUUUUUCGCCACAACAAUUAACUCAACAAUUCAUCUUCUUUCUUCGAAACUCUGUAUUCCAAUCAUGUGAUUGGUUUAUUUUCAUUUCUUUUUCUUUUCUCAUCUGAAAAAAAACAACAAUCUUCCUAUUUCCACACUUCCCACCACCAAAAAUCUUUUGCCUGUCAAAUUUCUUAUUCCAAUCUCAUCCCUUUCUCCUCCUUCGUCUCCUAUACACCUUAAAACUUUCUCCUAGUAAAUCCAAACGCUAUUCAAAAUUUCAAUCCUCUUUAAACACCAAAAUUUGUCACAAUCAAUGUUGACUUAUCAAGAAAAAAACAAAAACAACAACAACAAAGACAAGAGAUUAACUAAAAACAGAUCGACUUUGAUAAACGAAACAGAAAAUUAAAAAAAGAAAAAAAAAUGAUAGCUGAAAAAAGACAUUUAAAAAAUCAAAGCUAAUAAAAAAGAAUAAAAAAAAAUCAAUACAA